UAGAACAAUCAGCUAAUCUUAUAAAAUAUAGGUUACUUUAUUUUUUAGAGGCAAAAACGCUUUUGUCACUUUGUCUAUUUUGACUUAUAUAUGUAGAUCUCUAGCUAUAACUCUUUUUUUUUGCCGAUUUGGUUGGAAAUUAGACGACUCGUAGGGUCUUUUGUACACACUGGUGACUGGCUUUUUUGACACGACUCGACUCUCCUUCUCACCACCAUUUCCGUGAACACAUGAGCCAUACCCAACUUUUCUUCCUAGUUUGGAACCCACCACGCUUAUUUUGUUCCCUUUUAGUGUUAAAAACUUCCUCCUUGUUGAAAGAUAGUGGAAGUUUCACAAGUUUUAUAGUUCCCAUGUCAUCUUACAGGUUUUAGUGAGCCAUGCGGUUUCUGCUUCGAUCAGUUGAAGCAUUUCCUUUAAGUCUUUUGUUUUCUAGUUAUCCUGGGAGCUACUUAGGAGAAAAGGUCAGCUUUGUGGUUGGUAACUUUGAGACAAAUGGGAUUUGGAGUUGGUAGUAGAAUGUUGGAUUUGAGGAUGGCCCGAACCCACAAGCGUUCCAAGAGUGCCAGCUUUCCAGAAAAGAAAAGUACUGAGGGAGAUAAACAUUCCAAUUCUUCUUUUGAAGCCUCUCAACGCAUCAAACUGGACAUGGAGCGUUCAAAUGAAUCAACCAGUGCCAAGCAUAAUCAAUAUCAUUCAGUCACCGAAUCUUCAUUGAAGGAAGAGAUUGAUCAGCUCGAGACAAGACUACAGGAUCAGUUUAAGGUUCGUUGUGCUUUAGAGAAGGCGUUAGGUUAUGGAACAGCUUCUUCGUACAUGCUGACUGAAACAAACGACAUUUCCAUGCCAAAGCCAGCUAUUGAUUUGAUCAAAGACAUUGCGGUUCUGGAAAUGGAAGUUAUUCAUUUGGAACAGUAUCUUCUUUCGUUAUAUCGAAAAGCCUUUGACCAGCAAACCUCUUCUGUAACCCCAAAUUCAGAUAAGAAGAAGAAGCCAAAGUCUCCUCCUGUAACAACCCCUACAAGGCGUCUAGACUUUUCUGAAGAAGAUGAUACGCCAUUGAAAACAGAUCCUCUGCUUCCUGCAGGUGGCAGAGACCAAACGGAGUCCAGUUUUCACCGUAGCCACUCCCAGCGUUCAGCAUUUGAGUGUAAGAAAGCUUCUCCAGAAGAUUCAUGGGGUAAAGCCAUCCGCUCAUGCCACUCCCAACCGCUGUAUGUGCACAAUGGAGAGAAUCUAAUCAGUCUAGCUGAACAUCUUGGCACCCGAAUCUCGGAUCAUGUUCUAGAGACACCCAACAAGCUGUCUGAAGGAAUGGUCAAGUGUAUGUCAAAAAUAUACUGUAAGCUUGCUGAGCCUCCUUCUGUACUACAUCAACAACUUUCAUCGUCAGACUCGUCUUUAUCAUCGCCCUCUGACCAAUACGAUACAUCUACCCCUGGAUUGGGAAACAGCUCCUCCUUCGAUGAUUCUUUCCGUGUAGAAGGAGAGAAGAGCUUUAGUGGACCUUACAGCUCCAUGGUUGAAGUGCUUUGCAUUUACAGAGACGCCAAAAAGGCCAGUGAGGUCGAAGAUCUUCUGCAGAACUUCAAGUCGCUUAUCAGUAGGUUGGAGGAAGUCGAUCCAAGUAAGUUGAAACAUGAGGAGAAGCUUGCGUUCUGGAUUAAUGUGCACAAUGCACUUGUGAUGCAUGCCUUCUUAGCUUAUGGGAUUCCACAGAACAAUGUCAAGAGAGUCCUACUGCUACUCAAGGCUGCCUAUAACGUUGGUGGACACACGGUUAGCGCGGAAGCAAUACAAAGCUCAAUUCUUGGAUGUAAAAUGUCUCAUCCUGGACUGUGGCUUAGACUACUAUUUGCUUCAAAGAAGUUCAAAGCAGGAGAUGAGAGAUUAGCUUACGCAAUCGAUCACCCCGAACCUCUCCUACAUUUUGCACUUACUUCAGGCAGCCAUUCCGAUCCCCCGGUGCGUGUAUAUACACCAAAGGGAAUCCAGCAAGAGCUAGAAACCUCGAAAGAAGACUACAUAAGAAUGAACUUUAGCUUACGCAAUCAGAAAGUCCAACUGCCAAAGCUUGUGGAGACCUUUGCAAAAGAGUCCGGUUUAUGUCCGGCGGGUUUGACGGAAUUGGUUAACCGGAGUAUACCGGAAUCUUCAAGAACAUGUUUUAAGAGAUGCCAAUCUGGUAGUAAAUCACGCAAGGCCAUUGAUUGGAUCCCACACAGCUUUACAUUCAGAUAUCUUAUUCUUAGAGAAGCUGCCAAAUGAAAAAUUAUUCUUUCAUAUAAUGUGUGUAUAUAAAAAAGAUCGUUGUUAUGUCCCCAUUUUCUAAUUAUAAUAGUGUUGUGUUUUGUCUUGAUGAGUGGAUCUUGUCUCUUGACAGUUACUUGUCAUUAAAAAUAUCCCAUUGUAAUUCA